AGAAUUUCCACCCGUGUCGGUUCAUUCCGUCGUCAUCCGCGUCGACCGACGGUGCCCGACGGCCUGUGAUGUACGCGGCCGAGAGGACAGCCGAGGGAGCGGAUUGGAGCGGAAGCGACGGUAGGAGGACGUCUUCGGGGUGUAACUUUCGGGAGAAGGGACAGGCAGGCAGGUCCCGAACGGGCGUUAUUGAUGGUAGCGUGGGUGUGAGUCCUAUUACACGCAGUAAUUACCUCUUUCCGCGAUUAUUGCGCGGCCAGUGCGGAUUAUAGCUGUCGCGUCGCGCGCGUCAGCGAUACGUUCAAGGUCGCCGGCGCGAAACAACAACGAAAAAGCGAGUGGAGCUGCUGUAGCGGCGGCGGCGGCGGCGACGACGACGACGACGGCGGCAGCGGCGACGGCGACGGCGACGGCGACGAAUACGGCCUACGCCGUGUGUACUGCGUCGUAAAACGUCCGUUUCCAAAAAACGAGGGAGUAGUAGGGGCAAGCAUCAGGGAGAUUAUAAUUAUCUCACAAAAUGGCGCUGUGGCUGAAAGCACAGCAGCUGUCGCAGGAUUCGUUGCAAAAGGUGCGCAACAUAUAUGGAGAACACUUCCCGAUUGAAGUUAGACACUUCAUGUCAUCAUGGUUGGAAGAAAAACUGUGGAACAACGUUGAUAUGGAAAACCCACAGUUUGAACACUAUGUAAACAACUUUGUUGGAUCCCUGAUACUCGAGUUAGAAUCAAAAGCAAACACUCUUACCACGGAAGACAUGUUUGUAACAAAGAUGAAAUUGAUAGAGGCUGCUACUAUGUUCAGACAAAGAUACAGUGAAAAUCCAAUGAUAUUGUACAAAAUAAUUAGACAUUGUUUGACUACGGAAAUGAAAUUGGUAGCAGAAGCUGAACAUUUGGGAGGUUUAAUAACCAAUGACAGGGUCACUAGUUUGAUGAUAGGCGACACGGUCACGGAAAUAGCUCAUCAGGUCGAUAUAUUGCGGCGAAAGACAUAUGAAACUGGGGAGGAUUUACGAAAGAUAGAACAGGAACAAGAGUCUUUUGCUCUUAGCUAUCACGAGUGUACAAAACUAAAUGCCCAUUUGCAACAUAUUGCUAUGCAAGUACAGAAUCAGCAAAAUAUGGAGUUAGAAAAGAAAAUUAGAAGACAAAAAGAACAACAGGAUCUGCAACUGAGUCAAAAAGUGAAUGGUGUGGUUCGUUUGCGCUUGAUGCUCAUGGAGAAAUUGGAUGACAUUAUCAAAAAGUUGAAUAUUUUACAAUCAAGAAUUCUCGAUGACGAACUCAUAAGGUGGAAGAGAGAUCAGCAAUUGGCUGGCAAUGGUGCAAAUUUCGCAUCCAAUAAUUUAGACUCUAUUCAGGAGUGGUGCGAGAGUCUUGCUGAGCUAAUCUGGCAAACUCGGCAACAGAUUAAGGAAGCGGAACGUUUAAAACAAAAAUUCCAAUGUGAACCACCGGGCAUCCGAGAUACUCUUCCGAGUUUGAACACUCAAAUUACACAGUUUCUCAGUUCACUUGUUACAAGUACCUUUAUCAUUGAGAAACAGCCGCCGCAAGUUAUGAAGACCAACACUCGUUUUACAAGCACGGUGCGCCUUCUCGUAGGGGGUAAAUUGAAUGUUCACAUGACGCCGCCUCAAGUAAAAGUGAGCAUAAUUAGCGAAACACAGGCAAACGCUUUAUUGAAAAGUGAGAAAAUGGCAAAAUGCGGCGAUGUUAGCGGCGAGAUUUUGAAUAAUACAGGAACAAUGGAGUAUCAUCAGGCGACAAGGCAACUCUCAGUGAGUUUUCGUAAUAUGCAGCUGAAAAAAAUUAAACGCACAGAGAAGAAGGGUACAGAGUCCGUGAUGGAUGAGAAAUUUUCGUUACUAUUUCAAUCGCAGUUUUGCGUCGGCGGAGGCGAAUUAGUAUUUCAAGUUUGGACUUUGAGUCUGCCCGUGGUCGUGAUAGUACACGGUAACCAAGAGCCACAUGCAUGGGCCACCGUCACUUGGGAUAACGCGUUUGCUGAACCAGGUAGACAACCGUUCCAAGUACCGGAGAAGGUGCCAUGGGCGCAAGUAGCUGAGGCAUUGAACAUGAAAUUCCGUUCGGCGACCGGUCACGCUCUAACCGAAGACAAUCUUCGAUUUCUUGCGGAGAAGGCAUUUCGAAGCAAUGGCAAUUCAGUCGGUCAGGAUUACUCGAAUAUGUUAUUGAGUUGGGCGCAGUUUUGUAAAGAACCACUACCUGAAAGAAACUUUACCUUUUGGGAAUGGUUUUAUGCCGUUAUGAAAUUGACCAGGGAACAUCUGAGGGGUCCGUGGAUCGACCGAUACAUUCUCGGAUUCCUCCGAAAAAAACAAGCGGAAGAGAUGUUGGCGAAUUGCGCGGUUGGCACGUUUUUGAUGCGUUAUUCUGAUUCAGAACUCGGUGGUAUUACUAUCGCUUGGGUUGGAGAUCAAGCGACAUCAGAUCAUGUGUUUAUGCUGCAACCGUUUACUAGCAAAGACUUUGCUAUUCGAAGCUUGGCUGAUCGUCUUGCCGAUAUGCAACAUCUGCAGUAUCUCUAUCCAGAUAUUAGCAAAGAUACUGCCUUCGGCAAAUAUUACACUCCAUUCACUGAUAACCAAACUCAAACGUCAAAUGGAUAUGUCAAGCCAUAUUUAGUAACGCAUGUGCCAGGAUGGGGUGCUCUGCCCAGUAUCGGUGGUCAAACGCCGUCGCAUUCGUCCGUAACAGGUGUAAACAACAACGGUCAAAGUGGCCCGGGUGGAAGUUACCCUGCUACACCACAGACUGUAUUUCCACCACAUAGUCCGCCAGAUCCAUCCACGCGGGAUACGCCAUCCGUAGCAUCAAGCUACGCUCCGGGUCUCGGCCAGUCAGGCGUUGGACAGCCAGGUUCGGACAUGGACUACAUGGAGAUGAUGGCUAACAACGAAUUACCGUCAAUCGACGAAAAUCUGAACUUUGAUCAACUGAACAACUUCGGCUUCGACUUCAUGCAGUACAACCAAUCUAACAAGCUGCAAUAGGAGGUAUGCCUACGAGAUGCACCGUCGUCCUCGAGACACGACGGCACAUCCGUGAUAACUACCGUUGCAGGUCUAAUGCCCGAUUUUUCUUCGAUCUCUACUUAUCAGUCACGCCGAAGCGCACCGUAGCCAACAGAAAUGUAUCGCGAAUUGUUAACAGGGGAGGGAUACUAAUGUAUCCUAUAAUGAUACAAUUAUUUUUCUUUUUCUCUCUCCUCUUAUGACAAUCGUACAUAGCCAGUGUUGUGUAAUGUAUUACAAAUUGGCUUUCUUAUACCUUAGAAGAUUAUAGAAAGAUAAAGUUGUUAUCACUUUUACCUAAUAUGGUAUAUAUGUAAUAUAUCUCUGUUGAUCUUUUCCUCUUAUACUCUAGUUGCACUGACUGAGCAAUACGUUCGAGAGCUCUUGCAUGAAUCAUGUUAAUAUUGCAUUUUGCAACUGGUUAUUAAAUAAAUGUGAAGAUAUCCGUAUCUAUUUAAUGAAUUGACUUGUCAUUACGACAAAAAUUGUGAUGUUUUUUUUGUUACUUUUUGAAAUAAAAAGGAAAAUUCUUUAGAUUCAGUAAUUCCAUAAAUUUCAAAUUUAUAUUUAUCAAUUCUUCUAGUGAGCAACCAAAAACUUUUUUUUUUUCAUAUUUGUUUCCGUUAACAAUUUCAUUAAUUUUAUCGAGUCUUUUCGUUAAAACUUUUCGUAUAUAUCUUUUUUUUUGUAACAUUCACAUCAAUAUAAUUUAAGUUCUUACACGAUGUAAAAGAGACUUAGUACAAAGAUUUAUAUAUUAUUGUCUAUAACAUAUGAAGUGCUAAGAGAGGAUAUGUAAUUAUAGAACAUGUCGCUUGUGAAUAGCAGUGUUAAGCUACUAUAUAUCUAUAAUAUCUAUAUUACAUAUAUAGAUUGUAUUACAUAUAGAGAUUGAUAUAAGAAUUAUUUUUGUUAAACAUUUAGAUCGUUUUAUAGAGAACAUUUUAAUGAAAUACUAUAAAUCAUGUUAUUUUUUUGUUCUCUUUUUUUUAUAAUAAUAAUUUGUGUAUAGAGUUACGCAUGAUUAUGAAUUGGUUUUAAAUCCUUAUUAUAAAGAUUAUGAAAAGAAAAGCAAAAAUCCUUAUAUAUCGCUUGUCUAAUUAAAAUAUGUAGGAUUAUUAGAUAGAGCUUCAUUAAAAAUUUUUAGAGCGUAUAUUCAUACGAACAAUGCAUAGACCAUCAUUUUCACGAUCACCUAGUCAAAUUGCCAUUAUAUGUAUUUUGGAUUUUGGAAAGAGUAGCCAUGAAAAGCAAAAAAUCGUUAAAAUUUUUGGUUUCGUUGCAUUUUGUUCAAUUACGCAGAAAGUGACGUUGAAAGGAAUUAAUAUAGCAUGUGUUAUGUAGAUUUAAAAAUGCAUUGUGUGAUGUAACCUAAAGUAAGUGCCUUGCGCAUUUUUAAACUUUACGUUUUGCAAUAUCUCGACAAAUUCUGUAAAGAUCUCGUCGAUUUAAAUUGUUUUAACUGUUUUUUUUAUCAAGUUUUUUAUUUCAGUGAUAAGUUCAUAAGUUUCUUGGAUCUACGUAUAAUAUCUUAUUAAGAGCUAAGUUAAAGGCCUUGGAAAAUAAUUUAGUAUGUCCUUGCAAAGAUUUUGUAGAUUGAAAUCUUAACAUCGACUUUUAGAUUUAUUUUUAGAGUUAAGGAAUAUUUUUAGAGGUAUAAGACAGAGAGAAGGGAGAAAGUAAGGAGAUUAAUUUUCAUAGAGUUUACAUAAAAUCUCCUUACUUUUUUUAACUUUAACUAUAAUAACUUUAAGUUAUUAUAGACAAUUACUACGGUGCCCUAUUCCCUCCCCUGUAUAUUUUACGAUAUAACGUGACACAUAUGUUUAGAUAAACGCGGAAUAAAGUACAUUGUAGAACCAUAUAAUA